CGGGAUAGGGCUACAAUGGUAUUCGCCGACGACCGUUACCGGUUCUAAAAAUUAUGUCGUUAUGGGGGAUACGUUAAAACGCUUUAUUUCACUUAGACGCUUGUAAACACUGAAAUGGAAAGAGAAACUUACGUAAAGUUUUCCGUCUCUCGACUCAAAGACGAGUUAAAGAAAAAAGGAGCCACCACGAGAGGCAGAAAAGCCGACCUUAUAGACAGGCUUAAGGCAUAUGAUAGAAAUAAAGAUUUCAAGAAUGACCCAAUUCAUAUACCUGAGCCUUUGGAAGUUGAUUGGCCAACGAGGGGAUUUCAACAGCUCCAGGAAUCACAUAAAGAAGAAAUCCCAGAGAUAGGCAUUGAGCAGAUAGACAUGUAUUUUGUACAUAGAUUAGCAGGUGACAGACAAAGCACUGGUGAUGUCAAGGCUAUCGAGAAAGGAAGGCUGCUUGUUGAAAGUGAUAGAGUCUUGGCUGUGUCAUAUUUAAAGGAAGAUAAUUCCCUUUCUUUACAGGCAUUGUUGGCGCAGCCAUGAAAACAAAGGUAACAUACAACUUCAAAUUAAAAUUUGACAAAAACUCGGGAGACAUCUUGAACAGCCAUUGUGAGUGUCCUGCAGGACGAGGUCCCCAUGGAACUUGCAAGCAUCUUGCUGCUGUUGCCAUAGUUUUACUCUCUUGUUCUGAAGGAAAAGGUUUGAGGAUUCAGAGAUCAUGCACAGAAAACCUGCAGACAUUUCAUAAACCCAAACAUUCAUACUCAGGUUCACCAGUCAAAGCUGAAGAUCUGCCCAGGAAGCGGAAUCUGACUGAUGAUUUUUUAAAUGAUCCCCGCCCUGAACAUCUAAAAGGUGUAGCUGGUUACCCGGAUAGGGUUCGCAAUAUGGUCUUAAACCAUUGUGCAGAGACCUCAGACAAUCUGACAUACAGAUAUCUCAUCGAGAAAGCAAAUAUUCAGGCAGCAGUAUUGGACCAUGAUUAUUUGGAAAGACCCUUCACAGAGUAUUGGGUUCAACGAGCUGUUGAGGUAACAGCAGAUAAAGUAGUUGCCAUUGAGGAGCAGACACGUGGACAAGCCAGCUCAAAUAAUUGGUUCAAGGAGAGAUCAUGGCGGAUCACAGCCUCAAGAUUUGGAGAUAUCUGUUUAGCUACAGACAGGCGUAAUAGGCAGAAACUCUGCGAGUCCCUAUACCAGCCUUCUGCUGCUGUAUUUCGCAGUGAAGCUCUAGUCCAUGGAAGUACCUACGAGACACGUGCUAUUAGAUCCUUUGAAAGAGAGACCGGCCAAGGUGUUCAAAGAUGUGGUUUCUUUGUUGAUAUGGAUCGACCUUACUUGGGGGCAUCACCGGAUGGACUCGUUGGCAAUGAUGCACUAAUUGAAGUCAAAUGUCCCUUUGCUGGUCGCUUUGAGAAGAUUCAGCCUGGAAAGUACUUCCCAUAUCUAACAAUGGACUCUGUAACUGGUGAAAUGAAAUUGAAACCCACCUCUAAAUAUUUUUUCCAAAUACAAGGCCAAAUGCUUAUUGCCAAAAAACAAAUUUGCUAUUUUGUUGUAUACACUUUCAAAGAUUUGUUCAUCCAGAAAGUACAUAUUGAUAUAGAAUGUUGCCAGAAUUCUCUUCUUCCAAAGCUUGAUGUAUUCUAUGAUAAAUUUUUCAUGCCAUACUUGUUAUCCUUGCUGUAAAGUGGAAGCAUAUAUGCAAACUUGUGUAAAAGUUUCUUCUAAAUGAUUUAUCGAGACAGUUCAUUUUUUUUAUACAGAAUCUUUUUUGUAUUCAUGAUUUCAUUAGAGUCUGCAAAUGAUUCUUCAUGUUUUUUUGCCUAAGUUUCUGCCCAGAAUGCCAAUCAAUUUCAGAUGAAAUACAUUGCAUAUCCAUGAUAUGAAAUUUUCUGUAUUGACAAUAUACAUGUAACAAUGCAUAGAUGUUGGUUAUAUAAAGUGUUAAACUUUUUAAAUUGAUUUUUAAAAAAAGAUAUUGUACUUUGACCCUUUCAAGGUAAAUAGCUUUUACACUUAAAAGUUGAUAUGUCUACCAAGAUCCUUGUAUGAUGUAUCCCUUUGAAUAUUGACAGCACAUGUUGCAUAAAGGAUACAAAAAAUGUACGAUACAUUUAAAACUUG